AUGGGAGAUAGGACACCACCUUGCGGUACUCCCAUUUUGGAUCAUGCAAUAUUUGGAUUUUUGGCCACGGAACUCAAUGAAGCCCUGCCGCCCAUUAACCAGGAUGACAUGGAUCAAUGGGUAUCGGAUACAUUUUAUUCCUAUUUUCCCGGUUUCAAUAAUGAAUAUCAAAAACGUCAAUUGUAUUUGCAACAAAAACAACGUGAAAAUCAGGAAAAUUUUUUAAAACAUCAACAUGUAAGUUAUAUCAUUAUUAAUUCAAUGUUUAAAGCUUCCCGAAGUCCUCGUAAACAACAGAGAGAACCAUUUACAAAUAGAUCAUGGUCAAAUAAUUCGGAAACAUCUAGCGGUAUUGAUGUCAUUAAAAAUGACAAUGGCGACUUAUCGAAAAGAACGCAAAACGAUGAUGAGGGUGCCCUUUCGCCGGCAAACACCAUACGUCCCGGUUCUACACGUUAUAAACUAUUACAAGAUUUACGUCAUACAAGUCUGUCAAAUGAAGCAUCGUUGGAUCCCCCAGGAAUUAUGAAUACAAAUCGUAAAUAUGCUGAGGACGAGGCAGCGAGAAAAAAGGCCUAUCAACGUGAACUUAUACAACAGAUAGAAGAUAAACGACGUAGCAUUAAAUUACUCAAGGAAAAAGAGCAGGAGCAGGAACAAAUUCUAACACGGCGCCUACAGGAACAAUUGAAAACCAUUAAACUGGAAGAACAAUUGGAAAAGGAAAGAAUGAAGGCAACAGAGUUACGCUAUAAAGCCGAACAAAAUCGUUAUAUGAGAAAUCAUAUGUUGGCAAAAUUAGAAAACGAUACAAAACUAUUACCACCCGAACGUGUAACACCUCCAACGCCACAAGCCGAACAAAAACGCAACAAAGAAAAUAUUUCCUCCAAUUGGGAUGACAACAAGGUAUACAAAUAUUUUAGUAAUUCGGCCAAAAAUGAAUAUAAUUAUCGCCAAAGAUCUCGUCGUAUGCCAGCCAAUAUAGAUUUUCCCAAAAUCGAAAAAGAAUGUUUUCAUUUGAGUGAGAAAAUAUGUCCGAUAUGUGACCAGCCGUUGAGGGAAUAUCAACAUCAUUUUUGUCUACGCUGUCAAAGUCGCAUGACACUGCCAAUAAAUGAGACGGAGGCGGCGGAUACGUCCACAGCAUCAUCCUACAACAGUCAUGUGGAUCGAAAUAUAAUAUUGGUUUGCAAUAAUUGUGAACGUUUGUAUACUCUAUGUCCCAGUUGUUUAGAUAAAACCGAUACAUGUCGUGCUUGCCAGAAUACCCGUAAUGUUUGUAUGCAUUGUCGCAAGAAUUUGUGUGCAUUUUGUUUAGAAGAAAUAUCAACAAAUAAAAAUAUCGAAAAUGAACACGUAAAUGAUCGAGUGGAUAAUGUGAUGAAAACUCCACUACAAAUUGUCACGAAUGAUGAAAUGGAACCAAGUGAUGAUAAUAAAUGUUCACAAACCGGUAACAAUUUAAAUCCAAAUGUGAAAGACCAUCAACCAACACAUGUUCGAGAAUUUGUUUCAUUUGGAUCGGAUCACAAUAUACCCACCAGCACCACUAAUAACAAUAAUAUAAAUAAUGAUGAUAUUGAAAAACCAUAUGCAAAGAACGUAAAUAAUCUACAUAAACCCGAACACAACACUGACAUUUUUAUCGAAAGUGAAGAAAAUAUUGAACGAUUACGUCGACAAACGGAUAAACGUUUAAUGGGCUAUUUUAAAAAUUAUGGCGAACUUGCAUCCAAAUCACGCGGAACUCAGACUACCCCAAUGACAACUGCUCGCCGGGAUAUUGUCCUAAGGGGUGGUAAUAAUUUCUCAAUACCAAUUUUGUGUGACAUGCCGAAGAUGACACGAAGAGAAACAACCACAACCAAACGUGAUAAACAAAUAUCAAAUGAAUUGGAAAACUUGAAAUAUCGAUGGGAUAAAAGUUAG